CUCCCCCUCCCUCCCUGGGCGAGUUCCGGCACGCUCCGUCCCCCUUGAGGCGGAAGUUAUGAAAGCCUACGUAACUUCCUGUUGGGGCGGAGAACGUUGAUUUAUCAUGGUCUCUCAGGCAACCAGGAGAUUUGUACCAAAGGGGAAGCUGAUGGAUUAUAUCACCUCUAUGGCCAUUGUCCCCCUGCUUGUUGGCUGCAUGGGAAUCUUCGGUCUCUUCAAGUUGCUGCAGUGGGUACGAAUGAAGGCCUACAUCCAGGAUUCUGUUGUCGUGAUUACAGGGGCAACCUCUGGCCUGGGGAAAGAAUGUGCUAAAGUUUUUCAUGCCGCUGGUGCUAAGUUAAUUCUUUGUGGACGAAGUCAAGAGAAGCUAGAAGAGUUUGUUAGUGAGCUAUCUGCUACUCACUCUCGAAAGACACACAGACCUCAUAUUGUAGUCUUUGACCUUGCUGAUUCUGACACUAUAGUCCCUGCAGCGAAUGAAAUCCUACAAUACACUGGUUAUGUGGACAUAUUAAUCAAUAAUGCAGGGAUCAGCUAUCGAGGUACAAUAAUGGAUACUGCCCUGGAGGUGGACAAAAAAGUGAUGGAGACAAACUACUUUGGUCCUGUUGCCUUAACAAAAGCAAUUCUACCCUCCAUGAUAGCGAAGAAACAAGGUCACAUCGUUGUAAUUAGCAGCAUUCAGGGCAAAAUCAGUAUUCCUUUCAGAUCUGCAUAUGCAGCCUCCAAGCAUGCAACUCAAGCAUUCUUUGACUGUCUGCGGGCAGAGAUGCAACAGCAUGAAAUUGAUGUGACUGUAAUCUGCCCUGGCUAUAUCCAGACCAAUCUCUCCCUCAAUGCUCUAACUGCAGAUGGAUCCAAAUAUGGAGUUAUGGAUAAGAACACAGCCAGUGGCCGAAGUCCUGCAGAGGUGGCUCAGACAGUCCUUACAGCUGUGGGGAAGAAGAAGAAGGAAGUGAUGGUGGCAGAUAUGUUGCCUUGUUUGGCCGUUUUCCUGAGAACUCUGUCUCCUCGACUCUUCUUCUAUAUCAUGGCAAUGAGAGCCAAAAAGGAAAGGAAAGCAAAGGACUCUUAGUCAUACUUCAGAGAGGCUCCAUUCAAGACCAAGCGCAGGCUGCCUAAUCUUGGUUUGGUAAUGGUUUGGUAUGUGCAACAAUUGGAAACAUUAAAUCUAACCAGUGGGGAAAGUGGUUGAGCUGUUUGCUGCAGGUCAAUGGGUAGCCUCUUGUGGCAGGGGAAAGGAACUAAGGAAAUUAUACUGAGCUCACAAGAGAAAGAGAUGAAUUCCAGAAACAUGCAUGUCUUUAAUUGCAAGAGAAAUGAAUUAUACUAGCUAGAAACCAUUGAUCAAGAUACAUACCUGUUGAAACCAUUUCUCCCGACAUUUCCAAGUUGCCAAUUCUGCUCUCCUGUCAAUCAGUACAAUUAUUUGAGUCAGAAGGAUUAUCAGGAUUUCUGUUCCAGUGGUUUGACAAACUUUGGCUUAUAAAAAGUUACUUAGCCUGUUAAUCUUCAUCAUACAACCCCCAUCCUUAAUUCCUCCCCAGAAGCUCUAUACGUUUGAAAAAUUAUUUCUUCUUAUCUAUUCUACAGAAUUGUUCAACUGUUUUUUGGUCCUGACCAGUUUAAUUCCUGGGAUGUGAGGAUCUCUGGGUAUUGCUUCCACUACAGGCAAUUUAUUUUUGACAGUUGCCUUGAGUACUGAGAAGUUUAAGUAACUUGUCCAUGGUUAUAGUCAGUACAUAUUGAAAAUCAAGACUAGAACUCAGGUCUUCUAAUAUCAAGGUCAGCAAAGGUCCUCAACAUUACACUGUCUUUCAUUCAACACUUUAGCAGUGUCUUUGUAUUUAACCCCUAUGAUAUAUUGAAACUGGACUUAGGAGCUUGACAUAUCCUAGAUUUUAUUGAAAUUGGAUGUGCAGAGAAAUGUCUUUCAUCCUCACCUAACAUAGUACCAUAAAAAAUAUUAAAGUGGCAAAUAACAAUACAGCAAUAAAUUGAGUAUUACCACAUUAGUAAUUAUUAGCCAAAUGCCACGUAGGGGGCCAGGGCUUAUUACUUAGUUAUAAUUCCUGGGAAAAUUUGGGUUGGAGGGGCAAGGUUGUUUUUGUUUUCCGGGCUCCCCUGAUCCAAGAUAUCUUAAAUAUUCCUGGGGAUUCUUGGUUGUGCUAAGGAAGCAAAUAAGAUGGCAAAUUGCUCUCUUCCUACCCAAAAAUACUUGGAGGCACUUGAAUUUGCUGUCCAUAAAAGGCUGUUAUCAUGAGGAAGAACUUUUCUAGUUUUCUUCUUAGCAGGGGAUGAGACUGGCAGGUAAAUGAAACAAACCAAAACAGUAAUCUAUAACUCAAGAGAGUUGGCUGCUAAUUAGAUUCCUGACCCCAAUUUUGAACAAAAUAAAAAUUUCCUGUAAUUUUCUUUAUUCUCACUAGUGGUGAAUGUAACUAUAUUGUUACUGAAUCCUUUCUCGGAGAAGGUCGAAAAUCAAAAGCACUGCUGUACCUUGAACUUGUUUAUCUGCAAUAUUAAAUAAGAAUAUUUACUAGUAGUAGGUGAUGCUUUUUCUCAGUAAUGCUUAGAAGCUCCAUGUUCUACUUGAAUAUGGAUGACUUUUUUUAAUCAAGGAACAGUGAAAAAAGUUUGUUGAUAAAGGUAGUUGUUUGGGAGUUUUAAGAUAAACUAGGACUAGAAAGAAAUAUCUACAGAUAUUUAUUGGAACACUGAACUUUGAGAAAAAACUAAGGGUAUAGAAAUAUCAGAAUAACACUGCAAUCCACUACUGUGGUUUAAUUUGUGGUUAAGUUUAUAAGCAGCUUGACCUGUCCACCUUGUAACAAUUCUGCCAUAAUUUAAAGCCCUGAGCUCCCUCUUUCUCAUCCAUCACUUCUGCUACUUUUGCUUCCUUCACCCAACUCACAUGAAGAGGUAAGCACUCAUUUUAUUCCUUACCAAGGCUAACCAUACUUUCUGCACAAAUCCUAUCUCCUCUAACAGAUUCCUUUCAUCAUUCCCACUGUAUCCACUGUAUCACUCUCCCCGUUAUCCUAGUUGACAAAUCCAAUGGCCUUUUCUCAAAUCUUCAAUCUCCUGAUCUCUCUGCAGCCUAUAACACUGCAGUGUAUCUGCAGUAUCUCUCCUCAAUACUUUUUUCCUCUAGAUUUUUUGAGACACCUGUCUCCUGGUUCUACUACCUCUGAGACCAUUCCUUGGUCCUUUUUGUUGGAUUGCCCUCCAAAUCAUGCCUUUUAAUCAUAAUUUUUCCUCAAGAGUUCUGUCCUGGGCUCUCUUCUUUUUCGCUUAAACUAUUGUACUUGGUGAUCACAUUAACUCCCAUGGGUUUAAUUACAGCCUCUAUGCUGACAACUCUCAAGUCUACUUUUUUUGUCCCAGCCUCUCAUCUCCAACUGCCUUUCAGACAUCUCAAAAUGGAUAUCCAUUUUAAAUUUACCAUGUCCAAAACUGAAGUCAUUAACAUCCCUGAAAAACCUCCCCUCCUGCUCCCUUCUCUAUUUCUGUAGAGGGCAGCACCAACCACCCAAGCCCUCAGGCUCACCUCCUUGACUCCUCACCAUCUCAACUCCCAUCUCUAAUUUGUUGCCAAUGCCUGUGAUUUCACCCUUGCAACAUCUCAAAUACAGCAUCUCUCCUAAUAUUGCCACCAAUUUAAUGCAGGUCUUCAUCACCUCAUGCUUGGAUUGCUGUAAUAAUUUGCUGGCAGGUCUGCCUGCCCCAAGUCUCUCCCCAUUCCAAUUAAAUUUCCUUAAAUCAUGGCUGCUUCCCAUCUCAAUCAACUCCCUGUAGUCUCCAGAAUCAAAAUCUUCAUUCAAAGCCUUUAGUGAUAACCUAGUCCCCUCCUACCUUACUCCACUGUGUGUGAUCAUUGAUCCUGGCUAUUUCAAGAACAAAACAGUCCAUCUCUCAGCUCUGGAUAUUCUCUUAGAUUGUCUCCCCCAUGCCUAAAACAAUCUCCCACCUCAACUCUGACUGCUGACUUCCUUUAAGUCCCAAUCAAUCAAAAUCUCAUUUUCUGCAAGACUUCCCAAACUCCUCAUAAUUCCAGGUCCAUCCCUCUGUUAUUUCCUAUUCAUCAUAUAUAUUGCUUAAUGUAUAUAUGCUAUCUAACUCAUUAGAAUUGAGCUACUUAAGGAUAGAUACUUUUUUUUUAGUAUCCUCAUUUAUGCAUUUAGCAUAAGUUAGGCACUUAAUAUUGAAAUGUUGAUUAUUCAAACUGGAAAUUAAAAUGGGUGAAAAGCUGAGCCCAGGCCCACUCAAGGCUAACUAACAGCUUUAGGAUAAGAAUUUAAAAGGUUCUCUCUUGUGGUUCUUUAAAGUUGUCAUGGUGUACAAAUCAAAGGAAUAUAGUUAAAACAGGACUUUUCCGAUAGCUACAGCCUUUUGCUAUUGUCUUUAAAAGGUGUAAAUUCAGAUGGGCAACUACCCAUAAAUGAAUUUUCUGAAUUGUUUACAACUCAUCAUUCAGGAUACACAAAAUUCAUUAAUUCACAUGCUUCUAGGAUUGAUUUUUUUUUUCCUAAUGACUCUUUGAAUACCAUUGAUUUAACAAUAGAAAACGAUGAUUUUAUGUAAGGGUCAGGUCAUGUACAGUGCAACGGGAAGUAAACAGGCAAUAAUGCUUGAGACCCACCCUCCCUCCCCCAAGUGGUUUCUGUGAAUAAACCGCCUCUUGAGCAAGAACUUUGGCCCCACUGAGAUUGCAUAGUUAAUAGGAGGUGUCUCCUCCUCUGAUUGGCUGUGCAUGUGACCUCAUGGACCCUAUUUAAGUUGUGGGACAAGGAAGUAGGUUCUCUUUGACCUGGUGUUCAUUGGGAGUCAGCAGGAGGUCAGCUAGGCAGAUGUGAACCUGUGAAUAAAAGACCUUGAGUUUGCA